UCCAUCGACUCAAGGAUGCCGAGCAGAUUUCCUGGAGCCCUUACUCAGGACUGGGAACCAAUCGUCCUGCACAAAUCCAAGCCCAAUGCCCUGGCCCUCCGAGAUUCCAAAGUCGUGAACCAGGCCUUGCGUUCCGGGGUAGCGGUUCAGACGGUGAAGAAGUUCGACGCGAGCUCGAAUAAGAAACCGGCGACGGUGGUGAACGCGAGGAAACUCAACGAAGGAAUAGAGCAUGCGGCGCUCGACAAGGUGUCAACGGAGGUGAGACAGGCGAUACAAAAAGCAAGGGGGAAGAUAAAUGCUUCGGAUGGAGGUCCUCCAGGAACUGGGACUCAGAGUCGUCGAUAA